UUUUAUGUGUCGUUUAUGCACCCACGCCACAUGGUCACAACACCAUACCUUUAUCUUUUCUGCAACAUGGACUGGUAAAAUAUUCCAUUACCAUCAUCAUCAUCAUCCUCUCUUCCUAAAUCCCCAACCAAAUUAUUAAUUUCUUCAUAUUUCAUCACAUAGCUUAGGGUUUCCCCUUCAAGAAUGGGCUGAGCCAGUAGCAGAUUCAGUUUCUUGAGCACCCACGAGAUGAUGUCAAAACGCAAAAAAAACAUGCCCUAAUAAACUUUCCUCUUACAUUUGGUAAAACCUAAUUGAUGAAAUUCUUGAUCAAAUCAUGAGACAAGAAUUCUCUAGAUUCCAAGUCUAUCUACCACAAAAACAGAAAUGCUGACAGGAUCCGUUGAGAUUAAUUUUUGGUGCAGAGUUGGUCAUAGUCCAAGCAUGAAUUCCAAUUCGAAAGAGGGAGAGGUGCGAGUGAAGCAAGAAGGCGCGGCGAGACCACAGUGGUCAUCAAUCCACAAAAACCCCCGAAUAGUGUGCGUUUCACGCACCUUUGGAGGCAAAGACCGCCACAGCAAAGUAUGCACGGUGAGGGGGCUAAGAGACCGGCGAAUCCGCCUUUCCAUCCCCACAGCCGUCCAGCUCUACGAGCUCCAAGAAAAGCUCGGGCUGAGCCAGCCUAGCAAGGUCUUCGACUGGCUCCUCGACGUCACCAAAUCCGACAUCGAUAAACUCCCCCCUCUCCCCACCAUCCCAGGAAUCUUCCCUAACCCUAAUCAAGAUUCAUCAUCUCAACCACCCCUCUCCCAAUUACUCUCCUCCAAGAUCGAUGAUGAGAGAGGAAAGGAGAGGGAGAAAUGGAUUGAGCAAGAGAAUCAAGAGGAGGGUUUUGGGGGAUUUGUGGCACAGAAUCUUUUCCCAUUACCAAACACUAUUAAUCAUCAAUCCAAUUUCCCUAAUUUUAAUCACAACCCUUAUUUCCAUUUGGAUCAUCCCAAUUUGUCCCUGUCUCCAUUUGGACCUAAUUACAUUAGUCAAUUGCCUAAUCAAGGAUAUGAUCAAUCAAUGAAUAACAAUCCUUCAAAUUCUCAUCUCUACUUCUGCCCCACUGCACCUUUUGUUCCUUCCUAUUUGCCUCCUUCAAUGGAGAAUGUGCAGCAGAAUCUCGGGUUCUCAGCGGCUCUCCAUCUCAUGAGCUCCCCGAUGAGGCCCUUCGCUUUCAAACCGGCCCACCAGGAUGGUGCCGGGAGAUCGGAGAUGAAGGAGGACUUAUAGCUAUACAAAUGGCAUAUACAAAACUUUGGCAAUUGAAAUGUGCAUCCACAGCAUGUGAUCUUUGAGGAAUUGGGUAAGAGAUAAGCAUGAUUGCAAAUGGAGUUGAAGAAUUUGUGAUGUUAGAGCCUCAUAAUUUUAGAGAAAACUUGGAAACAGAUGAUGAGGUUAUAGACUAUUAUGGUGGAUCUCCAAUGAAACUAUAAACCAUGCAAUUUUUUUUAAUUUGGUCUAAAUUAUCAAUGUUGAUUAUUGAUGAA